AUGCGCGCCUACACUACUGCUUGUGUUGAGUCAUGUACCCACUGUCGAGCGUCAAAGUCUAUUAACCAGAAACCUGCAGCCCUUCUUCAACAGUUGCUCAUCCCUUCUCAUCGAUGGGCGCACGUGAGCCUCGACUUUAUCACAGAUCUUCCCCUUACAACGACAGCGCACGACUCGAUCCUUGUCAUGGUCGACUCCCUCAGCAAGAUGGCUCAUUUCGUGCCUGCAAAGAAGUCAUUCACAGCAGCAGACACCGUGGAGCUUCUCGCAGACCGCCUUAUCCGCUAUCACGGUUUUCCAGAGGUGCUCAUAUUGGAACGCGACCCCCAUUUCCAGUCGGAUCUCUGGCAACAACUCUGUCGCCUCUUUAACAUCAAACGGUGCAUGUCCUCGCCCUUCCAUCCCCAAAGCGACGGCCAAACUGAACGGGUUAACCGCACACUGGAGCAGACGCUUCGUACCUAUAUCAAAUCUGACGAAUGCGAGUGGGAGCGUUUGCUUCCGGCCUUGGAACUUGCCUACAACACAACAAGCCAUUCAUCCACUGAGCUCUCUCUCCCUUUGAGGUCAUGA